UCUUAAGACGUUUUGUGUGGACCAUGACAGUAUUAUAAGGAUUCACAUCCCUUUUCAGACACAGGAAAUUAAGUCAGAACCAAACAAAGAUCUCUUUGAUAAGGGCAGUGCUUGUAUUGAAAAUACAAAGAAAACUAUUAUACAAAAUAAAACUACUGUCAGUCCCAUGAAUCUGAUAGAUGAUGAAAUUAAUUCCAGUGAGGAAGCAAUGAGUGAAGAGAGCGAUGAUCACUCGAUGAAAGAUGAUGAUGAUGAUGAUGAUGAUUUGUAUGUACCAAGUGAUGAAGAGCUUGAAACAGAUGACGAUGAAGUUAGCAUGAGUGGUGAGGAAAGUGAUGAUCCUUAUAAGCCUGGAGAUGAAGGAUAUCAACAAGGAAAACGGAAAUGUGGCAAGUUUAUCGGUAAAACAAAAAAAAUAUUUAAGAAGCAUCAGGAAGGGCGUAGGAAGCACAGAAAGAUGGAAGCAAAACAAAAUGGGGAGAAAAAUAAAAUGCACACCUGUAAGGAUUGUGAUCUGAGUUUUCCCACGUUGUCAGGUUUGAGAGAUCAUAAGAAAGCUCACUCUUUUAAGUGUUCAUACUGUGAAAAGGAAUUUAAAAGUAAACGUAGCUUCAGAACCCAUGAAAAGACACAUCCUGAAGCCCGUAAUUUUCUUUGCAGAUACUGUGGAAAGAACUUUACCUUAAGUCAGUCAUGGAGAUGGCAUGAGAAAAAUCAUGUCAAAAUUUUGCCUCCGGAAAAAACAUAUUUGUGCCACCUUUGCGGUAAAGAUUUUGUGAGAGGGGUUUAUUUGCAGAGGCAUAUUAGACUUCAUACUGGUGAAAAACCUUUCCAGUGUAAAACCUGCACAAAAUCUUUUGCUGCUCCUGGUGCAUUGCAUCGGCAUAGUUUAAUUCACAGAGGUGAAAAACGACAUCAUUGUAACUUCUGUGAGAAAAGAUUUGUACAAAAAGGGGCUUGUACCAGACACAUGAGAGUACACACAGGAGAGAAACCUUACAAAUGUCAUUACUGCGAUGAGGCCUUUUCGCACAAUGUCAGUCGUAAAACGCAUGAAAAAUUGCACAAAAAGUGUGAAGAAGAGUUUUCAGUUUAAACAACAUUUCUCUGAUAAUAUUGUGGCUUUAUUUUAGAAGUUGAUUAUUUUAUUUAUUUUGCACUGACUCUAAUGCUUGAAAGUGUAAGAUUUCCCUGCUAAGUACUUCAUGCAUUUUGUUGCCCAGGAUCACGCUCGUGUAACUUGACCAAAUCCAACAAUGCCUAGAAAGUGGCUUGCUUUAGAGGUUAGUCCAUAUGAACCGUUUUUUCACCUGAAAGUAAUUUUGUUGAAGAGAUUUAUUUUCCUAGCCGUGUGAUGGAAUAAGGGAUGCGUACAGAGCAUCAAACCAAAGCCAAUUGCUUAAAAUUUCUCAGGAAUUUCUAAGCAUACUGUAGUUCAUGCAAGCUAUGUUGAAAAGUUGUUAUUAGCAUUUCCUUUUUUGUUUUUAUGUUGGUAAUUACUAAGGUGAGUGUAGCGAGAAUUCUAAUAUAUCGACUAAUAAUGGAUUAUUUUCUUUCCCGGGAAAGGCUUAGCAGCAUAAUUACAGAGAGGAAUGAUUAGGUUUGUGUUGCUGAUGCUUCCAGAUAAGCCUUUUUUAUUUACUUAUUUUCGUCUGUUUGUUUUCUGUUUAUUGUUUAUACAAUCGCUUAGUGCCUGGUCAUCAGAUAUGAACCUGAAUCCAAUAUAAAACCUUUCUUAAAUGAU